CCUCCGAUUCCUCAUACCCAUCUUUCUGUUAUCUCAAUAUUUCAUCUCACUGCUGUGAUGUACACUGCUGCUUUAUAUGGCUUUCCUGAGGUUCUCCCACCCCUACACCCGGCGCCCCAUGAGCCACUUCCCCCGCGUCGGCCGCGCGGUACUACGGCGAUACAGGGCACAGAUGCUCAAUGGCGUCCGUGAUGCACAGAAUACGUCACGAUUGGAUGCGACAAGCAACUUCCGACCACCUUCGUUCAGGGGAGAAGACUUUAUGUGGCAUGAUGUAGAGGUUCAGAAUGAUUGGGCUAUGGCAGCCCGAGAGCCAGAGUGGGCAUGUCAGCUGCCAGUCGAGCGUCCCCCGUAUGACGAGCAACGGCCUCCUGAGCGCAAGGAACACAAACGUGUUUCUUUUGAUACCGAACGAGUAUGUCGCCCAUCUGUUGACAGAGAGCGAGAACGGCGUGCAUCUGUCGAUCGCGAACGAGCACGUCACGUGUCAUUUGACAUACAGCCAAAACACCGUGGAUCUGUUGAUUGCGAACGAGGGUGCCGUGUGUCUCCUGACAGACAGCGAGAACCCCGUGCAUCUGUUGACCGAGAACGAGAGCAUCGUGUAUCCAUGGACCGGAAACAGGAUCUUCGCUUUUCAGUCGAUCGCGAGCGCUGUUGCUGCAUGUCGAUUGGGCAACAUUAUACACGCGAACCUGUGUCUAGGUCGUUCCCCCGUCCACCGGUAUCUGCUGUCUCCUUCAAGCCUCCUACCACAGGCCCUCGAGUGUCUCUUGACAGACAGCGAGAACACCGUGCAUCUAUUGACCGGCGACCCGAUCUCCGCGUUCCAGCCGACCGCGAGCACUGUCGCUGCAUACCGACGGGGCAACAUUACGCACACGAAUCUGUGUAUAGGACGUUUCCCCGUCCACCGGUAUCUGCUGUCUCCUUCAAGCCUCCUACCACAAGCCCUCGAGUGUCUCCUGACAGACGGCAAGAACGCCGUGCAUCUGUUAACCGCAAGCAAGAGCGUUGUGCAUCCAUUGACCGGACACACGAUCUUCGUGUUUCAGUCGAUCGCAAGCACCGUCGCUGCAUAUCGAUUGGGCAACAUUACACACUCGAAUCUGUGUCUAGGAUGUUUCCCCGUCCACCGGUAUCUGCUGUCUCCUUCAAGCCUCCUACCACCGGCCCUCGAAGUCGUCAUUUUCGUCGACCUUCGUUCGACUACGCGACUGUUCGUGACUACUCUCAUGAUCCCGUUCAUGUUUUGCCUCCACCUGCUCCGGCUCCCCGGAUACAUUUCCCUCCACGACAACGUGACCGCACCUCGAUGGAGGCGGUUCGUCGCCUCCCUUUCCCCACUACCGAAGACCCUCGGUUUGAGAAGUCUACCAAGCCGUUGGGGCUAGCCCGCUUCAAUCCCUUUAAGAGGCUGCGUACUACGUCGAUGUCUAAUUCACAGAAGAAGCGGCCGAUGCUCGAACCGUCAACGGUCCACUCCAAUCGUCUGCGCCGCAAAACUGCUGGCAGAGCAUGAUGUGUUCCACUCUAUUCCACAUUGUGGAAACCCUAUACCAUAGACUUGCAAAGUUCAUAGACCGUUUCUUUGACAUUUUACAUCCCUCAGCGCUCGAUUGACCAUAGAGCAUAGAGCAUACAUAGAAAAUUCUGUACAUAGAUUUAGAGUGUACCUGACCCCUGACCUCGUUGUAAUCACACGGAAAAUUCUUGGCAUGUGUAUGUACCUUGUUUCCAUACAAAGC